AUGUACCAAUGCUGGCCUCCCAACGGCAGCAUGUUGGCCCAGGACAUGCACCAGGACUUGGAGCAACAGGAGGAGUACAAACGACGUAUCAAAGUGAUGACGGAGGAGAAGAAAGCAAGGUUCAUCGAUUACGACUGCAUGAUGGGCGUUUGGAAGUUUGGCGUUGAUCACUUCUGA